UGGCGCGGGGCGAGCGGAGUCGGCGGCGCCAUGGAGACGGCGAGCGACGGCGGCGGUUUCCCCCGGGCGCUGCCGCUGCUGCUGCUGGUGCUGCCGGUGCUGCCGGUUUUGCCCCGCGCCGCCGCCGAGCAGGUCGUCCUGAUGGACUCGAAAGAAUCCCAAGCGGAGCUGGGCUGGACCUCACACCCAGCCAACGGGUGGGAGGAAAUCAGUGGUGUGGACGAGGAGUACAAACCCAUCCGUACCUACCAGGUGUGCAACGUCAUGGAGCCCAACCAGAACAACUGGCUGCAGACAGGUUGGAUCGCCCGGCGCGACGGCCAGCGGAUCUUCAUCGAGCUGAAGUUCACCCUGCGGGACUGCAACAGCAUCCCAGGUGUGACAGGCACCUGCAAGGAGACCUUCAACCUCUACUAUGCCGAAUCCGACGCCGAUCUGGGCCACAGCAUCCGUGAGAGCAAACACACCAAGAUUGACACCAUUGCUGCCGACGAGAGCUUCACGCAGGGGGACCUGGGCGAGAGGAAGAUGAAGCUGAACACAGAACUGCGGGAGAUCGGGCAUCUGAGCAAGAGAGGCUUCCACCUGGGCUUCCAGGACGUGGGUGCUUGCGUGGCCCUGGUCUCCGUGCGGGUUUAUUACAAGAAGUGCCUCAGCACCGUGCAGAACCUGGCGGUUUUUCCAGAUACGGUGGCAGAGACGGCUUUUGCCACGUUGGUGGAGGUGAAGGGCACGUGUGUCGAGCACGCCCGGGUGGAUGUGGAUAAUCCCCCCCGGAUGCACUGCAGUGCUGAGGGAGAGUGGUUGGUGCCCGUCGGGAAGUGCCUCUGCAGCCCAGGCUUCGAGGAGAGGGACGGGAGGUGCAGAGCAUGCCUUCCAGGAUUUUACAAGCUCUCCCUCCGCCUCCCUCUCUGCUCUCCUUGCCCUGAGCACAGCUUCACACAUGAGGAAGCCUCCACCUUCUGCUCCUGCCAGAAGAACUACUCCAGGUCCCCGUCAGACCCUCUGUCUGCCUCCUGCACACGCCCCCCAUCUGCCCCAAGGGACCUGGUGUACAGCCUGCGGCGUUCCUCGUUGGUGCUGCGUUGGAGCGCUCCUGCCGACGCGGGCGGCCGCAGCGACCUGACCUACAGCCUGUGGUGCAGCCAUUGCCCGGCGCCGAGGGGUGGCUGCGAGCAGUGUGGCAAUGGUGUGGGCUUCGUGCCGCAGCAGACGGGACUGGUGGAGCGCACCGUUACGCUGGUCAACCUGCUGCCCCACGCCAACUACACCAUCCGCGUGGUGGCCCUCAAUGGCGUCUCGGCUGGCAGCCCCCUGGCAGGACAGCCCUACGCUGAGGUCAACGUCUCCACUGGGCUUGCAGUGCCAACUCCUGUCACUGACAUCCGCACCGAUAAAGUUGAGCAGAAGAGCAUCUCCUUGUCGUGGCAGGAGCCAGGCUUCCCAACCAACAGCACCGAGUACGAGGUCAAGUACUACGAGAAGGAUCAAAGAGAUCGAAGUUACUCAACUGUGAAAACCACCUCAACAGCCGUGACAGUCAAUAACCUGAAGCCUGGCACCCUCUAUAUUUUCCAAAUCCGGACAUCUUCCUCGCAGGACUACGGCAACUACAGCCCCAGCAUUGAAGUGGAGACAUUGGCUGAGUUGACAGUGGCCUCAAAUGAGCAGAAUCCUGUCCUUAUCAUCAUAGUGGUGGCCAUCGCAGGGCUGACGGUGCUGGUGUCCAUGGUGGUCGGCAUGAUGGUCUGGAGGAGGCAGUGUGGGUACAGCAAAGCCAGCCAGGAUGGAGACGAGGAGCUUUACUUCCACUUUAAAAUACCGACCAGGAGGACUUACAUUGACCCGGACACUUGCGAAGAUCCCAUGCAGGCUGUGCACCUCUUUGCCAAAGAGCUGGAUAAUGCCAGUAUUAAAAUCGAGAGGAUCAUCGGGACAGGAGAGUUUGGAGAGAUCUGCCGGGGCUGCCUGAAGCUGCCCAGCAAGCGGGAGCUGCCGGUGGCCAUCCAGACACUGCGGGCUGGCUGUUCUGCCAAGCAGCAGCGCUGCUUCCUGGCCAAGGCGUGCACCAUGGGUCAGUUCGACCACACCAACGUCAUCCGGCUGGAGGGAGUCAUCACCAGAGGGAGCACCAUGAUGAUAGUGAUGGAGUACAUGGGGAACGGAGUGCUGGACUCUUUCCUCAGGAAACACGAGGGCCAGCUCACGGCCAGCCAGCUCCUCAGCAUGUUGCUGGGGAUCGCUGCUGGCAUGAAAUACCUGGCAGAGAUGGGUUACAUACACAAAAGCCUGGCUGCCCACAAAGUCCUGGUGAACAGCAGCCUGGCUUGCAAAAUCACCGGAUUCAGACGGCCGCAGGAAGAUAAGAUGGAGACCAUCUUCUCCACCAUGCGUGGGAAGAGCCUGGUGCUGUGGUCAGCCCCUGAAGCCAUCCAGUACCACCACUUCAGCCCAGCCAGUGAUGUGUGGAGUUUCGGCAUCGUCAUGUGGGAGGUGAUGUCCUAUGGAGAGAGACCCUACUGGGACAUGUCCCACCACGAUGUGAUGAAGGCAGUGGAGGAUGGCUUCCGCCUGCCUGCCCCAGCACACUGCCAGCCACCGUUGCACCAGCUGAUGCUGGACUGCUGGCAGAAGGAGCGCAGCCAGCGCCCCAAAUUCUCCCACAUCCACGACGUCCUCAGCAAGAUGCUGCAGAGCCCAGAGCCGCCUCCAUGCACCAGGUCCCGCAGCACUGUGCCCCUCACCGAGCGCUCCUUCGUGGCUUUCCCGGCGUUCAGCUCUGUGGGAGAGUGGCUGGAAGCCAUAGGGAUGGGCAGGUACCGGGAUAACUUCACUGCUGCAGGCUGCUGCUACCUGGAGUCCGUGGCCAGGAUGACAGCGCAAGACGUCCUGAGCCUGGGGAUCACUCAGGCAGAACACCAGAAGACCAUCCUGAGUGGCAUCCAGACCCUGCGGGCCCAGGUGAUCCAGAUGCAUGGCAGGGGUGUGCAGGUGUGACGUGGAGUACAGACCAAUGGAGCAGAAGGAGGUGCUGGCCCACGUUGGACCAAAUUCGGAAGCCUUGCAGUUUUGGGUGGGAUGUGGGAUCUGGUGGGCUGCUGCCAGAUGUGUCGUUCCAAGUCGUAAGAGGGCAGGGAUGCCAUCCCCUGUGCUGGGGAAGCUGUGUUCCCAGGCACCAGGUACAGUGUACUUGGGUGGCUAUGGUUCUCCCCAUUGCUGCUCUGUAAGAUGAGUCAAACUGUAAUGACACCAUUUCACAUGGUAACUAGAUUAACAGGGUGGAUGAACAUUUCUGUGCUGUCUUCAUCCAGAGCUGACAGCAUUUUCCUAUCUAGCAUCCUACUGGUGAAAUCCAUGGGUAUUUUUAUACAGGCUGACAUCUUCUACCAACCCCACCAGGAGCUUUUAUUGCUUUUAUUUUUAGAGGCUCACACCCAGCUUCAGGAAGGUGACUUUGCCCAUCUGGCACGCUGGAAGGAAGCUCUGUCCCAGCCAUGUCCCUUCCGCUCAGAGUCACCUUGCUGAAUUCUGACACCACUGUCAGUGAACAAGAGACAAAUGUUCGCUGCCAAAGUGCAGUGCUGAAUGUUUGGAAGAUGCUUUUGACAAGACAGUUUCAGAGGAGGGAAUGGAAGGCUUUGAUGAAGAUAGCCACAGCCAAGAGAGGGCAAGUAGAGAAGCCUUGGGUUG